UCGAUAUUUACUUCUUUUCAAGUGGAUUUUUGGUUGACACCCGCAUACAUGAUGGUAUUAGGAAUAUUGCAACUAAGCUCCGCUUGGUUUGACAAGGUAUCACAAAUAUAUAUGUACGAGAGGUCGCAUGAAACCUGCGCGAAGUAUUGGUGGAGAAAUCUACUGUACAUAAAUAACUUCUUUGAUGUCGAUGCAAUGUGCAUGAGUUGGAGUUGGUAUCUAGCUAAUGAAAUGCAAUUUUUUGUAAUCGCUGUGGCAACAUUAAUUUUAUCGACUGUGUACUUUUACGCUGCUGUUAUGAUAUUGGGUGCACUUUUAUUAAGCUCCAUCGUUAUUAGCGGUUCUAUUUCAUAUAUUUACACAUAUGUACCAACACCUGAUGAAAUGUAUAGACUACGAGAUGUUUUAUAUAUCCCACCAUGGACGAGAAUAAAUUCAUAUAUUAUUGGGAUAAUUGCGGGCUAUAUUUUAAUAAAAUUAAAAAAUAAUUUUGUCUUAAAAAGAAAAGUUGUAAUUUCGUGUUGGUGCAUUUUUUGUCUUGGUAGCGCUUGUAACGUUUUCCUAUUAUUUUACAAGCGACUUGAAUCCGUGUUAUCUAUUGCUAUCUAUGUUGCUUUUCACAAAACACUUUGGGCCAUAGGUAUAGCAUGGAUUGUACUAGCGUGUUCUACUAAACACGGAGGCAUUAUUAACAAGUUAUUAUCGUUUCAAAUCUGGAUUCCGCUUAGCAGACUCAAUUACUGUGCUUAUCUUAUACAUCCUAUCAUCAUACGAUCGAUUAGAUAUUAUAGUGAAACAUCAAUUCAUUUUGAAUUUAUGUCUUGGAUUGUUCUGUGGGUGGGAUACAUUACGAUCAGUUACGUUUGUGCUUAUAUAUUGUCUUUGAUGGUGGAAAUACCUUGUAUCCUGUUAAUGCAAAUGUUUAUGCCAUAUCGCAAUAAAAUGCAUAGAAAAGUAUUGUAAUUUUGUAUACAGAUACUAUGUAAUGUCAUAUGCUAAAAGUUUAGAAUUAUUUAAGUAUUUCAAAGGUACGUUUUAGAAAGUAAACUUUGAAACAAACAUCUUAGAAUUAAGAAAAUGUUAUAUUUGUAAAAAAUUUUUAUAGAUCUAAACAAUAAAAUAAAAAAUUAAAGCAAAUAAGAAAUAAUAGUGUAAUAAUACCUAAGUGGAAAUUUGUCCGGAUAUUCCCGAUUUGCGGCCGGGGCCUGGUCGGGAAUUUCCGGGCGCGCCAGUUCAGGGAUGCCCGGUUUGGCCCCAAUCUGGUGCUGUCUUGUAUUCCUGCCUUUUAACUAGACAUUAGGAAAUAAUUCUCGAAUACGCUUGGUCGAGACGCCUGCCUUGAUCCCAACAUGAUAUUGCCCGAUAUUCUUGAAAUACAAACGAGUUUUGACGCAAAAUUGUAUUGAGCGUCUGGUCGAGACGCCCGGUUUGGUCCCGAUCUGGUUCGGCGCAGCCUUUUUACAUCCGGUUUUGACAAGGGAUUGUUGAACGCAAGGAAAAAACAUUUUAAUUGUUUAUAACAUAUUUUUAAACAAUAUAAACUUUAGAAAAUAAUCAAUUUUGCAACAGUUCUUUCUCUUAUAGCCGCUGCUAUAGAUAAAUAUCUUUUUAUCGAAGACUGCAGUAAUCAUGCAAAUUCAUUAACUUUUAUUAAAUUAUAAUUGUAAAUGUCUCGUGUAGAAACUAUAUUUACUGAGAAAAUAUGAACAUCUCAGGCUCAAUAAAGACAUUUGCUGAAACCGGAGCCUGUGUCGACUAACAUCUUUGCAUAGCUUAUUAUUAUGAGAUAUGCCAAUUUCUUAUAUAAUUCAUUUACAAAAAGUUAAUUGUUACAUCAAAUAUUUGUAAACAAACACAAAUGAAUUGUAUGAAAGUAGCAAUAGCAGCAUAUAUCAGGCUU